CGUACCUGCCACAAGCCACACGCUCACCGUUUGUUCAAUGGAACAAGAAUGAGUCUGCUUAUGCUGGCGACGUUGAUCAUGUGUUCUACGGCCUGUACUGUUUCUCCCCUCUCACUAAAACAUUCAACGAACAAAAGACAGCACCAAAAAACCACACCAAUAACUACUAAAGAAGGAACGUCAUUAAAAAGACAUUGCGAAAAAUCGCCAAUUUAUCUAGGACCAGCCACAAGAAGACGUUCAGCAGAAAGAUGGCAAUUUUGUACCCUAAAAACAGUUACCCUUGACACAAGAGAAGUGAACUGGAAGGGCAUGGAUGUGAAAUUGGAAAGGAGAAACAUUAGCGCCAAAAUUCAUUCCGUAUUGCUACCCAACUCGAAAUUCAAUCUAACCAUCUGCGACGGUUCGUGCCAUUUUUCGCGCUCGAUUCAUCGUCCGUCGAUGCACAGCACGGCGGCUAAGAUUAUGUCGAGAGUCUGCGUGCCAGUCGCUCGAACAUUGGGCAUUUAUGACUCGCCAAGUUGCGUGCCGAUUGCUACCAAUAACAAGAAACCGGUCGAUGUAAAGCUACACGUCACAGCAGUGAUUAGAGUCAAUGACUCUAAUGCUCGUGACCAGAACUCUACGAAAUCAGUGCUAGUUCGAGAUUACGGUAUGGUUCGAUCGUUGUACAAUGUCGACGCGUGUACGUGCGCCUGA